UCUGAGACUAUCGAUCACUACAGAAUAAGAGUAAAUCCUAGACUAGUCUGCAGCUGGAAAUUACGUAAGUCUAGUAUGAGAAUACCGACAACCACUGUACGCCUGACCAUCUGUACGCCUGACAUAUCCAUUACAACAGACACUAUCCAGAGCUGCUGCGAAAGCGAAAACUACGAAAGACAUUGUGACUUCUGGGGAAGUUAACCAGAGACUCUCUGAUGAACUGACUCUCCAGCAGACAGACCGGCGAUUCCAACAGACAGGACAUUGUGACUUCUGGGGAAGUUAACCAGAGACUCUCUCAUGAACUGACUCUCCAGCAGACGGACCGGCGAUUUCAACAGAGAGGACAUUGUGACUUCUGGGGAAGUUAACCAGAGACUCUCUGAUGAACUGACUCUCCAGCAGACGGACCGGCGAUUUCAACAGAGAGGACAUUGUGACUUCUGGGGAAGUUAACCAGAGACUCUCUGAUGAACUGACUCUCCAGCAGACGGACCGGCGAUUCCAACAGAGAGGACAUUGUGACUUCUGGGGAAGUUAACCAGAGACUCUCUGAUGAACUGACUCUCCAGCAGACGGACCGGCGAUUCCAACAGAGAAGACAACAACAACAUAUGGGCAUAUUAUCUAGGCAGGAGGCCCGUGGUGGUGGUAGCUGACCCUGAUAUGCUCAGACAGAUCAUGGUGAAGGACUUCAGCACCUUCCCCAACAGAAUGACAAUCCGUGCCGCUACUAAGCCCAUGAGUGACUGUCUGCUGAUGCUGAGGAACGAGCACUGGAAGAGAGUACGCAGCAUCCUCACCCCCUCCUUCAGCGCAGCCAAGAUGAAAGAGAUGGGUCCUCUGAUCAACACUGCUACUGACACCCUGCUCACCAACCUCAAUUGUCAUGCUGAGUCUGGAGAGAGCUUUGACAUUCACAGGUGUUUUGGCUGUUUCACAAUGGACGUGAUCGCCAGCGUUGCAUUUGGUACUCAGGUGGACUCUCAGAAGGACCCAGAUGACCCAUUCGUCCACCACGCCCAGAAGUUCUUCUCUUUCUCCUUCUUCACACCCAUCAUGUUCGUCUUCAUUGCGUUUCCAUUCCUGGUUCCUCUGGCCCGUUUCCUCCCCAACAAGAGGAGGGAUGAGAUGAACAACUUCUUCAUCAACUGCAUUCAGAAGAUCAUCAGACAGAGAGAUGAGCAGCCAGUUGAAGAACGGCGGCGAGACUUUCUACAGCUGAUGCUGGAAACGCGGAGCAGCAAGGAGUGUGUGUCGCUGGAGCACUUUGACGUGGUCAACCAUGCAGAUGAGCUGGCCCCCACACACACUCACACAAACCAGCAAGAAAAUGUUGACGUCAGCCAUGAGUCACCCAACAGACGCUCUGUCCAGACCCAGAAGAGGAUGAUGUCGGAUGAUGAGAUCGUGGGCCAGGCAUUUGUGUUCUUCUUGGCGGGGUAUGAGACCAGUAGCAACACGUUGGCCUUCACCUGCUACCUCCUGGCUCUACACCCAGAGUGUCAGAGCAAACUACAGGCUGAGGUUGAUGACUUCUUCACCAGAUAUGAUUCACCAGAUUACACCAAUGUCCAGGAGCUGAAAUAUCUUGACAUGGUCAUAUCAGAAGCUCUGCGCCUCUACCCGCCUGGUUUCAGGUUUGCCCGUGAAGUUGACGAGGACUGCAUGGUGAAUGGACAGUUCCUACCCAAGGGAGCCACCCUGGAGAUCCCUGCAGGCUAUCUGCACUAUGAUCCAGAGUACUGGCCCGAGCCAGAGAAGUUCAUCCCUGAGAGAUUCACAGUGGAGGCCAAGGCCAGCAGACACCCGUUUGUGUACCUGCCGUUUGGGGCGGGGCCCCGCAGCUGUGUCGGCAUGAGGCUGGCCCAGCUGGAGAUCAAGAUGGCCCUGGUGCAUGUCUUCAGGAAGUUCAACAUUGUGGCCUGCAAAGACACCAAGGUUCCUCUGGAGUUGAAGUCUCACACCACUCUCGGACCCAAGAAUGGCAUCUAUGUGACAAUCACUAAAAGAGAGAUAGAGGGAGAACCAGCGACUCCCCCUGCAGGAGAAUAGCUCUGUUCUGUAGCUGCUUUCUAGAAUGUAGUGUGAUUUCUAUGAAACAGAUACAUUAUCCAUCCAGUGACUGCUUAUUUUAAGGCUAAAAAUAAAGUAACAUUAACCUA